AUGGUAGGUGAAAGUCCUUACUUUAUCUCUGACUUGUACAGAAGGGGUCAGCAUAGAUCCUUUGUGGAGAGAUAUGACCCCAGUUUUGGAACAAUGAUCCCUUUAAGGCCCUAUGCAAAGUUGGCUCGUAAUCCAGUUGAUGAUGCAGGGCUAUUUUCAUUUGCCACAUUUUCCUGGCUUACACCUAUAAUGGUCAAAGGCUACAAACACAUUCUGACUAUGAAUACCUUGCCCCUGUUGUCAUCUUAUGACACAUCAGACACCAAUGCAAAGAGGUUUUGAUCCCUUUGGGAAGAAGAAGUAGCAAGGGUGGGUGCAGAAAAAGCUUCAGUGGGAUGAGUGGUUUGGAGAUUUCAGAGAACUUAUGUUCUGAUUGAUGUCAUAGCCAAUUUCCUUUGUAUCAUCAUGGCAGCCAUAGGGCCGAUUGUUCUCAUUCACCAAAUCCUCCAGUAUGCAGAACGCCCCUCCAAGAGUGUCUUCAUGGGCAUUGCCUUGUGUGUGGCCCUUUUUUUCACUGAGUUUACCAAAGUUUUAUUCCGGGCACUAGCCUGGGCUAUAAAUUAUCGCAUGGCCAUCUGGCUGAAAGUUGUCACCUCAACCGUAGUUUUUGAAAACCUGGUUUCAUUCAAGACUCUGACACACAUCUCCGUUGGUGAGGUCAUCAAUAUAUUAUCAAGUGAUGGCCAUUCCUUAUUUGAAGCUGCCUUAUUUUGUCCACUGCCAGCUACAAUUCCUGUCCUGAUGGCAGUCUGCUCAGUGUAUGCUUAUUUCAUUCUGGGGCCCACAGCUCUCACUGGGACAUCCCUAUAUGUGAUGUUCAUCCCCAUUCAGACGUUUAUGGCUAAGCUCAAUUCGGCCUUUUGAAGAUCUGCCAUUACUAUAACAGACAAUUGUGUCCAGAUAAUGAAUUAAUUUUUGAUCUGCAUUAAGCUUAUUAAAAUGUAUGCCUGGGGAAAAUCCUUUACAACCAACAUCUGAGGCAUAAGGAAGAAGGAAAAGAAAUCGCUGGAAAGGGCAGGGUUUAAGAGUGGAAACUCAGCUCUUGCACCUACCGUGUCCAGGAAGGCCAUUGUCCUGAUUUUCGUUCCUGAUCUUUUAAAAAGAAAGCUCCCAACACCCGUUGCGUUUAGUGUGAUUUCCAUGUUUAAUGUAAUGAAGUUUUCAAUUGCAAUCUUGCCUUUCUCAGUCAAAGCAGUGGCAGAAGCUAACGUUUCUCUAAUAAGAUUGAAGAAAAUUCUUGUAAACGAAAGCUCCCUGACUUAUAUCACCCAACCAGAAGAUGCAGAUACUGUCUUGGUACUAAAAAAUGCUACUUUGUCUAUGCAAUUAUGGGAUGGGUCUGUGGCAGUAAAUGGAACAGUGUCUUAUAUGUCACAGCAAGCAUGUAUCUUUCAUGGAAACAUGAGAGAAAACAUAUUAUUUGGAGAAAAGUUUGACAGUCAAAGGUACCAGCAUGCAGUCAAGGUCUGUGGCUUGCAACAGGACUUAAAAAAUCUUCCUUACGGAGAUUUGAAUGAGAUUGGGGAGCAGGGCCUUAACCUCUCUGGGGGUCAAAAGCAAAGGAUCAGCUUGGCACAAGCUGUAUAUGCCAACCGUGAGAUCUACCUGCUGAAUGACCCACUCUCAGAGGUGGAUGCCCAUGUUGGGAAGCAAAUUUUUGAAGAGUGCAUUAAGAAGGCACUCAAUGGGAAGACCAUGGUUCUGGUAACUCACCAGCUACAGUUUUUAGAUUUUUGUGAUGAAGUCGUUUUAUUAGAAGAUGGGAAGAUCUGUGAAAAAGGAACUCACAAGGAACUCAUACUGAUGCAUACUGAAAUGCAAUAUGCAAAGAUGAUUCACAACCUUUGGGGAUUGCAAUUCAAGGAUCCUGAAAACAUUUAUAAUAAAGUAAUGAUGGAAGCCCAAAAGGAGAACUAAGGAGAUCAAGUUGCCAAGGGAGAGGAAAAUGCUGGAAUCCUAGCUUUGGCUCCACAUGAUGAAAAAGAUGAAGGAAAAGAACCUGAGACAGAUCUAGACCCUCUAGACACAAAAGUUCCUACGCACCAACUCAUUCAGACUGAACUAUCCCAGGAAGGAUCAGUGACCUGGAGAACAUAUCAUAUGUACAUUAACAUUGCUGGAGGGUAUAUCCUGUCCAUCUUCGUGGUGUUUCUCUUCUUUUUGAUGAUUGGAAGUUCAGCGUUCAGCAACUGGUGGUUAGGUUAUUGGCUAGAUCAGGGAUCUGGGAUGGGCUAUAGGACUCAUAAUAAUGAGACCCCUUGUCAGACUAGCGAUAUAUUGGUGAAUCCCAAGCAACCCAUUUACCAGUUGGUGUGUGUGGCGAGUGUGAUGGCUGUGAUCAUUUUCACUAUUAUGAAAGGAUUUGUUUUCACCAAUACAACUCUAAUGGCAUCUUCCACAUUACAUGACUGGGUAUUUGAAAAGAUCUUAAAAAGCCCAAUGAAUUUCUCUGACACAACUCCCACUGGCAGGCUAAUGAACCGUUUUUCCAAGGACAUGGAUGAGCUGGAUGUAAGGCUGCCGUUUCAUGCUGAGAACUUUUUGCAGCAAUUUUCUAUGGUGUUAUCUAUUGUAGUUAUAUUAGAGGCAGUGUUUCCUGCUAUACUCUUUGUGCUGGCUGGUCUAGCUUUCAUUUUCUACGUUCUCUUACGAAUUUUCCACAAAGGAAUCCAAGAGCUGAAGAGCAGUCGGUCUCCUUGGUUCUCUCAUAUCACCUCCUCCAUGCAAGGUCUGGGCAUCAUUCAUGCCUAUAAUAAAAAGGAACAAUUCAUCAGCAAUCACCUCCUGUAUUUUAGCUGUGCACUCCGGGGGUUUGCACUAAGAGCAGAUAUCCUCAUGAACCUGGUCACUUUCAUUGUGGCUGCACUGGUGGCUCUGAGUUUUUCUUCAAUCGGUGCUUCAUCCGAAGGUUUAUCCUUGACCUCCAUCAUCCAGUUAAGUGGACUCCUACAAGUCUAUGUAAGAACAGAUACAGAGACACAAGCCAAAUUUACCUCUGUGGAACUACUAAGGGAAUAUAUCUUGACCUGCAUUCCUGAGUCUACUGACCCCUUCAGAUCAGUGAGUUGUCCCAAAGAAUGGCCAAAAUGAGGGGAAAUCACAUUCAAAGAUUACCAAAUGAAAUACAGGAAAAAUACCCCUCUUGUCCUCAGUGGGUUAAAUCUGAAUAUCCAAAGUGAACACACAAUUGGCAUCGUUGGAAGGACUGGUUCUGGAGAAUCUUCAUUAGGAAUGGCCUUGUUUCAGCUAGUAGAGCCAACUGCUGGCACAAUUUUCAUUGAUGAUGUUGGCAUUUGCACCAUUGGUUUAGAAGAUCUCAGAACCAAGCUCUCUGUGAUCCCCCAGGAUCCUGUCCUGUUUGUAGGUACAGGAAGGUAGCUUUUGGAUCCUUUUCAGAGCUGCAUGGAUGAGGAACUCUGGUAGGUCCUGGAGAGAACUUUCAUGAAAGAUACAAUAACAAAACUCCCAGAGAAAUUACAGGCAGAAGUCACAGUAAAUGGAGAAAACUUCUCAGUGGGGGAACGGCAACUGCUUUGUAUGGCAAGAGUGCUUCUUCGUAAUUCAAAAAUAGUUCUCCUUGCUGAAGCUACUGCUUCGAUGGAUUCUAAAACAGAUGCCCUGGUUCAGAGCACCAUCAAAGAAGCCUUCAAGGGCUUCACUGUUUUAACCAUUACCCAUUGUUUAAACAGAGUCCUAAACUGUGACCAUGUACUAGUUAUGGACAGUGAGAAGAUAAAGAAAGUGGUUGAAUUUGACUUGCCAGAGGUUCUUGUUGAGAAACCAGAUUCUGCAUUUGCAACAUUAUUAACUGCAGAAAAAGAAGUCUGA